GUGGUUUUCCUCCGUGUAGCUGACUGAUAUUGUCAAUUAAACUUUUUAAUAAUAUCCAGUUAAGUUUGCGGCUAUCCUGAAACAUGCAGAACUACGCAAACAAUGUCAAGGAGUUUGGAGAGAGACAUGUGAUCGCUCUCACAGUUACCUUUGUUGCAGGGGUCGGCAUAUUGGCCUUGCGUAGGUGGAUGGCUGGAGGAGUGUGUCGGAGCAAGGCCAGGCUUGAUGGGAAAACAGUCCUUAUCACAGGAGCCAACACUGGGAUCGGGAAGGAGACGGCCCUGGAUAUGGCUCGGAGAGGGGCCAGAGUGAUACUAGCNUGCAGAGACAUGACCAGAGCCCGCAUUGCAGCAGAUGAGAUUCGACAGCGGAGUGGGAACGGCAAUGUGGUGGUAAAGAGACUGGACCUUGCCUCGCUGCAAUCUGUCAGAGACCUGGCCAAAGAUGUCCAGGAGAAUGAGGAGCGCUUGGACAUCCUCAUAAACAAUGCAGGUAUUAUGAUGUGUCCGAAGUGGGAGACUGAGGACGGCUUUGAAAUGCAGUUUGGUGUCAACCACCUGGGACAUUUUCUCCUCACCAACUGUCUGCUUGACCUGCUGAAGAAGUCAACUCCAAGUCGUAUUGUUGUUGUCUCUAGCCUGGCACAUGAGAGAGGUCGUAUACAGUUUGAUGAUAUCAACCUUGAUAAAAGCUACAGUCCUGAAAAGAGCUACCGCCAAAGCAAGCUAGCCAAUGUUCUCUUCUGCAGAGAGCUGGCUGCAAGACUACAAGGAACUGGUGUGACGGUGUACAGUCUUCACCCAGGGGUCAUCCGCACAGAGUUAGGCCGACAUUUUAUCCCUACCUUAGCCAUGUGGAAGAAGGUGAUAAUCAUGCCCUUUUUAUUGCUGAUCAAAAGUCCCUGGGAAGGAGCCCAAACCACCAUCUACUGCGCUGUGGAUGAGAGCCAGGCAAACACCAGCGGCCUCUACUACAGUGACUGUGCCCUCAAAAAGCCGGCACCACAGGCCCUGGAUGAUGCUGCAGCCAAGAAGUUGUGGGACCUCAGUACUUCCAUGGUUGGUCUGGCUUAAAUACAGCAGCCUGAUAUGCUUUCAUCAGCUGUUCCUCUGAAUGGAAUCAUUAGUCCUGUCUACACAGGUGAACAAAGGACUCUAAUUCAAUUUAUUAUCUAAUAUGCAUCAGGGCAUUGCAUUAAUUAAGAUUUUUCAUGUACUCUAAUCUCGCAGAUCUGAAAGGUUUGCAGUACAACAUUUUGCACUACUUACUCAGAUGAGAUGCGUUGCUUUGUCUUUAUAUUCUGCACAAUUUGUGGAUGAUUGUAUACUUAUGCUAUGCUGCUAUAUCUUUAUCAAAAAAAGGUAAGGUUUGCUAAUUAUUGUACCAUUUUGGCUGAAUGUCUGUAUUUUAUUCACCAAUUUCCCUUAUUUUGUUUUUAAUGUGGAAUACUAUCAUGCCUAUGGGCAGCACAGCCUCUUCCAUCUUUUCAACAACUUGCAAGAGACUUUUAGGGCUUCAAAUAGAUGUUUUUAUUCAUGGCAUCUAACAACUGCAAACAUACAGAGAAAUCAUUGUACUGUUUGUGUGGUCAAUUCUGUGUCCACCUGACUGGAGUCACCACAGUCAUGAAACCAUGUACAGCAAUAAAAGGAAGGUAAUGUGAGUGCCUGUGGGUUGAGGAGGCAGGAUGUGUUGAAGCAGACAUGAAGUGUUGCAUAAAGGAGGUGACCUUCAGUGCUGGCAGUUGGUGAGAAGAUUGUUGAGUUUGAGAGGAGAAAGGAUCCUCCACCAGGUGUAGAGAGGGAGUGGAUGCCUCGGGGCCAGAGAGCAGUCAGGAUACACCCAGUGGAUCUCAGCAGACGCAACCUCGUACCGAGUGCCCUCCUGUGUCUGUGUGUGUGUGUGUGUGUGUGUGAGUGUGUUUUUUUUUACACAGGACCCUGUUUGUGGUGUCUUGACAAGAUCAUUCUGCUGUUUUGUUACUCUCUUCACUUCUUUAAGGAGUGAAUUUGGUAAUUGAAUGUACUCAAAAAUGCACAAAGUGUGAAGCAGGAAACCACCAGCUGUGCAAUAAUAAAAGCAAUAAAUAUGGCAUGAAA